AACAAGUGUGUGCGGGCCCCGGGGUUAGAGAAAAGCUAUGAAGGCUUACACUUCAUAUUUCAUUCUCCUGUGGAGUGCUGUUGGGAUAGUGAAGGCUGCCAAAAUCAUCAUCGUGCCGCCAAUUAUGUUCGAAAGCCAUAUGUACAUUUUCAAGACGCUGGCCUCAGCCUUGCAUGAGAGAGGCCACAAUACAGUGUUCCUCCUCUCAGAAGGCAGAGACAUCACCCCAUCUAAUCACUACAGCCUCCAGCGCUACCCAGGGCUCUUUAACAGUACCACCUCGGAUGCUUUCCUGCAGUCCAAAAUGCGGAAUAUUUUCUCUGGGAGAUCGACAGCAGUCGAACUGUUUGAUAUACUGGAUCACUAUUCUGAGAACUGUGACAUGAUAGUUGGCAACCAUGCCCUAAUCCAGAACCUGAAGAAAGAAAAGUUUGACCUGCUGCUGGUGGACCCCAAUGAUAUGUGUGGGUUUGUGAUAGCUCAUCUUUUAGGGGUUAAAUAUGCUGUAUUUUCAACCGGCCUUUGGUAUCCUGCCGAAGUGGGAGCUCCAGCUCCAUUAGCUUAUGUUCCAGAGUUUAAUUCCCUCCUCACAGACCGCAUGAACUUGCUGCAAAGGAUGAAAAAUACCGGCGUUUACCUCAUUUCCAGAUUAGGGGUCAGCUUUCUCGUUCUUCCCAAAUAUGAAAGGAUAAUGCAGAAGCACAACCUGCUGCCCCAGAAGUCCAUGUAUGAUUUGGUUCAUGGGUCCAGCCUGUGGAUGCUGUGCACUGAUGUAGCCCUAGAGUUUCCAAGACCCACUCUGCCUAACGUGGUUUAUGUAGGAGGAAUCCUAACCAAACCGGCCAGCCCACUACCAGAAGAUCUCCAAAGGUGGGUUAAUGGUGCUAAUGAACAUGGCUUUGUCCUGGUGUCUUUUGGAGCCGGUGUGAAGUAUCUGUCAGAAGACAUUGCUGACAAAUUGGCAGGAGCUCUGGGGAGAUUGCCUCAAAAAGUGAUUUGGAGGUGAGUUUAAAAUGCACAUGGCUUCUCUGGAAAAAAGAAAAGAAAUCUUAUUUCUGAAAUAGUGAUAGUGUAAUACGUUCCUUUCUUUCUUAUUUCCUUAGGGCAUUCGAAUAUUAAAGCCUUCCUGAGCCAUGGUGGUCUGAACAGUAUUUUUGAAACUAUGUAUCAUGGUGUGCCUGUAGUGGGGAUCCCACUCUUUGGAGACCAUUAUGAUACAAUGACCAGGGUGCAGGCGAAAGGCAUGGGGAUAUUACUGGAAUGGAAGACGGUGACUGAAGGAGAGCUCUAUGACGCACUGGUGACAGUUAUCAAUAAUCCCAGCUACCGUCGGAGGGCUCAGAAGCUUUCAGAAAUUCACAAGGACCAACCUGGCCACCCCGUCAAUAGGACUAUCUAUUGGAUAGAUUACAUUCUCCGUCACAAUGGAGCCCACCACCUGCGUUCCACUGUCCACCAGAUCUCUUUCUGUCAGUAUUUCCUACUGGAUAUUGCCUUUGUGCUUUUGCUUGGUGCUGCCUUGUUUUACUUCCUCUUGUCCUGGGUGACAAAAUUUAUCUACAGAAAAAUCAAAAGUCUCUGGUCUAGAAAUAAGCAUAGCACAGUUAAUGGACAUUACCACAAUGGAAUCCCCAAUGGCAAGUACAAAAGAAACGGCCAUAUUAAACAUGAAAAGAAGGUGAAGUGA